GAAAGCUGCUAUGCAUGGUUACUCGGUAGAAAUCCCCACUGCGUUCCUUUAGUCCCAGGGACCCAGAUGGCAUCUUGUUCUUCAGCAGUUGACACUUUGGCUGUGGUAGUGUCCACCCCAGCAGAACUCUUUGUAAAGCCUGGGACAGAUGUGAAACUCAGCUGCACAUUUACAUCAUCAGAGGAUGUCAGCAGUGGCACAACUGUUACUUGGAGCUUCCAACCGGAGGGAUCAGCUGUUCUUCCCACUACGUUUUUCCAUUAUUCUGAUGGGAAGGAAUAUCCAGGGAAGGAUACAGAAUUUAAUGGCCGAUGCAGCUGGGCUGGAAACUUAGCUAUGAAAGAUGCAUCGAUCAAGAUAGUAAACAUGCAACUUGAAGACACUGGAACUUAUGUUUGUGAUGUUAAGAACCCUCCUGACAUAGUUACUGAGCCAGGAAAUAUCAAAGUCACAAUUUUGGAGGGAGAAAUACCAACAGGAACAACAGGAACAACAACAGGAACAACAGGAACUACUGGAACCACAGCCACAGCUGCUACCUCUGGAAACAUUUCAUUUAAUGGGCCAUCAUUUUGGCCACUUGCACUUCUGCUGCAUUUUAGCAUCUGUUCCAAGGUCUUUGUUCUGAAAACUAACACCUCUUAAGGUAAUUAUAGUGUUCUCUGCUGUCUUCUUUACUUAGACAUUUAGCAAUGGAGUUGGAAAGGACUUGGGAUGGGUUGCAAUAUAAGACAU